UUUUUUUCGACCGAUACAGAAAAUCAGGCGGAGGAACCAUCCAGAGCUCCUCCUCUCAGGAGACUGAGAGCCCGACGGCGACUUCAUAAGAGGAGGAUCCUCGGAGACCUCAAAUUCAUGUACGCCAUAACCGUCCGUGCAUAUGCAUCAAUAUAUCGACACAAGGAUCUGUAAAAGGGAUGCAAAGUAAAAGCAUACACAUGUAAAAGUCUGUGAAUUAAGAAAUAAAGAAAAUCAUGUCGGAAGAACGCAGCAUUCCUGACGCUUUGUUGGAAGCCGUGGCAGAAUUGAACAGAGACGUUGAUCAUAUAGCAGCACCGAUCGACCCCCUACAGCCUUUAGAAAACGCUUUGCAGGCCCUCCUUCAAAACAUUGAAAACGAACGGCGUGCCGACCGACUGAACUUUGACCCUCUGCAGCCGUUAGAAAAUGCUCUUCAGCUCUACGACCAGCAGAGGGAGGAGCGCUCUGCGGAGGAGCGGCAGGAGCAGGUGCAGCCUGCGGAGGAGCAGCCUGCGGAACAUCAACACGGAGGAGGAUCUUGGGUACAGAACGAUGCGGUGACUCGCCGUGAACAAUUUAAUAAUUUUGAAAUAAGGCGAGUAUUUAACAUUCCCUCUCAGGAUGACGCGGCCGACCUCGCUCAAUUUUACCUCGACGUCAGGGACAAUUUUGUAGAUCUAGCGGAUAGGGUGAGACCGGAAGUUAGUCGUAAUGAUCGGGUUCAACUGGAGAUUAUCAGCGAGCACGCGCAAAAGCACGUCGUUUUUAACGGCGACGAUCGCGGCGAAAACAUUGUACCGGCUUUUGAGGACCUGUUGGCCAGGCUGAUACAAUCAAACGGCGCGAUCGUGGUCGGCUCUCCCCUAGAAAUUGUUGUGCAAGUAUUCAGAAAUCCUAGAGGCGGCGGAGGCCCGCGUAAAAAGAUUCACAAAACGUUAGAUGAUGAAAUUCUAAUCAAAAAGCGGCGCUGUCUGUACGUGGUAAAAAAUAAAAACGAUAAUCUGUGCUUCGCCAUUAACUUGGCUCACCUCACCGAGCCUCAUUUCACAGAUAAACAGGCCCUGGAACGCGGCAGAGAGCUGCAGCGUUUAGCGGGGCUGAGCAAUCGGACCCAGGUAACCCUCACCGACAUAGAUAAAUUUGAGCAAAUACUAAAUCGUAAAAUCGUUGUGUUUUACCGCCCUCCCGAGGACAGGACUCUUUCGCUAAUCGAAACAGAGUCCCCAAACACUCCUCACCCGCUGUACUUAUUCUUAUUCCGGCAUCACUAUUACGGGAUAAAAAAUCUAAAAACAUUUUUAGGAGUCCCGUACAUUUGUGAGGAGUGUCACCGCGGGUACCAAAAACGCGAGGAACACGUCUGCCAAAAUCGCUGCAAUCUCUGUUUCGACCCCGCAUGCCCCGCUCGCUUUCUGGACGCUGUAAUCUGUCCGGAUUGUAACAGGUCAUGUCGCACUCGCGAGUGUUACUUGAAGCACAAACAGCCCAGAAUUCACUCUAGUUCAGGCCUCAGCGUUUGUCAACAACUGUAUAAAUGCCCUGACUGCAAACUCCUCUCCCGUCGCGGGAAGCACAGGUGCAGAGCCGCCAGAUGUAAAAUCUGCCGCGUGGAGCUUCCUCCCGACGAAAAUCAGCACCUGUGUUACAUUCAACCUCUGAAACACGAAACCCUCGAUACCACUUCCAUAAUCUUUUAUGACUUUGAAACCUUCCCAGACCAGGAGGGGACGCACGUCCCUUACCUAGUGUGCACAAAAUCGCUAGAAGGAGAAGAGUGGCACGCAUACGGUGUAGACUGCGUUGGAAAGUUUGUUCAAAGAUACAGAAGGAAAAGAUAUAGAGAGACCACAUUCAUCGCCCACAACGCGAAAGGGUUCGACAGCUACAUAAUUCUAAGCCACCUGGUGGGAGAGGGCAUGACGCCCUCGCUCAUCAUGCAAGGCAGUAAAAUUAUAUGUUUCACAGAAUCCGAUUUCCUUCUCAAAUUCAUAGACUCGCUUUCUUUCCUCACCAUGCGUCUCAGCGCCAUGCCCAAAGCUUUAGGCUUCGAGGAUAAAUCCAAGGGUUUUUUUCCCCACAAAUUCAGCUCGCGGGGCCGUUUAAAAUACGUGGGCCCGUACCCCCCUCCUUCGGAUUACGGGGUAGAGCGCAUGUCCCUCUCUGAACGAGAGGAGUUUCUGCGUUGGCACGGCGAGGCCUCCUGA